GUGUUGUAGAGUCAUGUGACCCGAGUAACAUGGCUGCUGUCCCGUGAGUACCGCUGGUGCCGGGCGAGAGUUGUUAGGCGGCCAGGGUCAGGUGUGCUGGAGCGGGGUCCGGGCCCGGGUUCCAGGGCGAGGCGGCGGAGCGUGGCAGGCAAGCCCGGAGCGGCGUGGUCCAUGCGCCGGCGGCGGGGGCAGAGCGGAGCCGCAGACUCCCCUGGCCCCGGCGCGGCCCCGGCAGCCGCGGGCUAAGGAGUCGCGAGGCUCCCCGAGCUGCCACCAUGAACCCCGAGAAGGAUUUCGCGCCGCUCACGCCUAACAUCGUGCGCGCCCUCAAUGACAAGCUGUACGAAAAGCGGAAGGUGGCAGCGCUGGAGAUCGAGAAGCUGGUCCGGGAGUUCGUGGCCCAGAACAAUACCGUGCAAAUCAAGCAUGUGAUCCAGACCCUGUCCCAGGAGUUUGCCCUGUCUCAGCACCCCCACAGCCGGAAAGGGGGCCUCAUCGGCCUGGCCGCCUGCUCCAUCGCACUGGGCAAGGACUCAGGACUCUACCUGAAGGAGCUGAUCGAACCAGUGCUGACCUGCUUCAAUGAUGCAGACAGCAGACUGCGCUACUAUGCCUGCGAGGCCCUCUACAACAUCGUCAAGGUGGCCCGGGGCGCUGUGCUGCCUCACUUCAACGUUCUCUUUGACGGGCUGAGCAAGCUGGCGGCCGACCCAGACCCCAAUGUGAAAAGUGGAUCUGAGCUCCUAGACCGCCUUUUAAAGGACAUUGUGACUGAGAGCAACAAGUUUGACCUGGUGAGCUUCAUCCCCUUGUUGCGAGAGAGGAUUUACUCCAACAACCAGUAUGCCCGGCAGUUCAUCAUCUCCUGGAUCCUGGUUCUGGAGUCGGUGCCAGACAUUAACCUGCUGGAUUACCUGCCGGAGAUCCUGGAUGGACUCUUCCAGAUCCUGGGCGACAAUGGCAAAGAGAUUCGCAAAAUGUGUGAGGUUGUUCUUGGAGAAUUCUUAAAAGAAAUUAAGAAGAACCCCUCCAGUGUGAAGUUUGCUGAGAUGGCCAACAUCCUGGUGAUCCACUGCCAGACCACGGAUGACCUCAUCCAGCUGACAGCCAUGUGCUGGAUGCGGGAGUUCAUCCAGCUGGCGGGCCGCGUCAUGCUGCCCUACUCCUCUGGGAUCCUGACCGCUGUCUUGCCCUGCCUGGCCUAUGAUGACCGCAAGAAAAGCAUCAAAGAGGUGGCCAACGUGUGCAACCAGAGCCUGAUGAAGCUGGUCACCCCCGAGGACGAUGAGCCGGAUGAGCCGAGACCCGGGCAGAGGCAGGCAGAGCCCGCCCCUGACGAUGCCCUGACAAAGCAGGAGGGUACAGCCAGUGAAAAUUUGGAAAGGAGAGAAAAAUGCAAAGAAACAAGACUAUCCCCAACAGGCAGAGGUCCGGAUGGUUCCUGUGACUCCAGCUUCAGUAGCAGCAUCAGUGUCUUCACUGCAGCCAGCACUGAAAGAGCCCCAGUGACCCUUCACCUCGACGGGAUCGUGCAGGUCCUGAACUGCCACCUCAGUGACACGGCCAUUGGGAUGAUGACCAGGAUUGCAGUUCUCAAGUGGCUCUACCACCUCUACAUCAAAACUCCUCGGAAGAUGUUCCGGCACACGGACAGCCUCUUUCCCAUUCUACUGCAGACGCUAUCGGAUGAAUCGGAUGAGGUGAUCCUGAAGGACCUGGAGGUGCUGGCAGAAAUCGCUUCCUCCCCUGCGGGCCAGACGGAUGACCCAGGGCCCCUCGAUGGCCCUGACCUCCGGGCCAGCCACUCAGAGCUCCAGGUGCCCACCCCUGGCAGAGCCGGCCUACUGAACACCUCCGGUACCAAAGGCUUAGAAUGUUCUCCUUCCACUCCCACCAUGAAUUCCUACUUUUAUAAGUUCAUGAUCAACCUUCUCAAGAGAUUCAGCAGCGAACGGAAGCUCCUGGAGGUCAGAGGCCCUUUCAUCAUCAGGCAGCUGUGCCUCCUGCUGAACGCGGAGAACAUCUUCCACUCGAUGGCAGACAUCCUGCUGCGGGAGGAGGACCUCAAGUUCGCCUCGACCAUGGUCCACGCCCUCAACACCAUCCUGCUGACCUCCACGGAGCUCUUCCAGCUAAGGAACCAGCUGAAGGACCUGAAGACCCUGGAGAGCCAGAACCUGUUCUGCUGCCUAUACCGCUCCUGGUGCCACAACCCAGUCACCACGGUGUCCCUCUGCUUCCUCACCCAGAACUACCGGCAUGCCUAUGACCUCAUCCAGAAGUUUGGGGACCUGGAGGUCACUGUGGACUUCCUUGCAGAGGUGGACAAGUUGGUGCAGCUGAUCGAGUGUCCCAUCUUCACAUAUCUGCGCCUGCAGCUGCUGGACGUGAAGAACAACCCCUACCUGAUCAAGGCCCUCUACGGCCUGCUUAUGCUCCUGCCGCAGAGCAGCGCCUUCCAGCUGCUCUCACACCGGCUCCAGUGCGUGCCCAACCCCGAGCUGCUGCAGACCGAAGACAGUCUAAAGGCAGCCCCCAAGUCCCAGAAAGCCGACUCCCCUAGCAUCGACUACGCAGAGCUGCUGCAGCACUUUGAGAAGGUCCAGAACAAGCACCUGGAAGUGCGGCACCAGCGGAGUGGGCGUGGGGACCACCUGGACCGGAGGGUCGUCCUCUGACAGGCCUGGCACAGAGGAGGGCCCACCGAGUGGUCCCAUGAAGCACUCAGGGUUGUCACGCCCUCCUGAGGAGCUCAAGGACCUGCCUCUCAGGACCAGGGCUGGGCCUGACUGCAAGCCCAGGGCGCUGUUGGGGCCAGAGGCUGCUCUGUCUGCCCAAGCUCCUCUCAGAGUCCAGCCCUCAGGCCUCCAGCGCUGUCAGCUGCACCCUAGCAUUCAGACAGAGCUGGCUGCCCACCCUGUGGGGGGCUACAGCCUCAGACAUCACUCAUCCUCUGGAAUCAUCCUCUUUCUAAUGCCCUCUUGGAAAAAGAGCUUGCCUCUCCUCCAGCACACCAGAGCUCUGGCCUUGUGUGUAUAUGUACACAUACGUGAACACAUACCUGUGUGUGUGUGUGUACUUGUAUGCACGUAGGCACCAGCACAAAGAUCUGAAUGAUGCACCCCACCCCCACCCCAAUAAAGAAAUAAGAGAAAAUCCUCAA